UACUAGUAUUCAUAUCAUUUAUAAUGGCGUCAUACAACAAACUGGCAGUAGAUAGUCCGAUAAAGAAAGCCGUUGCAGUUACGUUGGUUAUACUGUUUUUCGUGGAUACGACGGCGGCAUUAUGUAAAACAAAUAGUUAUGCUGUUAAUAUAAAAGGGGAAAUACAGUGCGAAAAGUGCAGAAAAUGUCCGCCAGGAUCGUACGUAUCCAGAGUAUGCGGCGAUUAUGAUAAUACCGAGUGUGCGCAGUGCGACGAUGGUUCAUACAGUACAGGAUGGAGUAGGUUGGGAGAGUGUAAACCAUGCACACGGUGUCCAGCACACCUUGCUACAACCAGGAAUUGCACGAAAACACAGAAUGCAAAAUGUGGGAAAGUAUGUGACCAUGGUUACUAUAGCAACAUAUUAACCGCCGAGUGUGAACCGUGUUCUUGGUGUCUUUCAACUGAUGAAAACAUAUUGCAAACGAGAGUGCCAGAAUGUGUUACACAAAACAUGCCAAGACGCUUUCAGUGUCGCCAUGAUAACACUGUUGAAGGAUGUUCCAACUUAUACAGACUUGAGCAGUAACAUCAGCAGAUACGGUGAUAAGGAUUUUGUCGACUCCGAGCUACCCAAGUUAAGUCACUAUCACUUCUCGGUGCCAUCAGUAGUCUUGUCUGUAAUAGUGAUAUGUCUUAUCACCGUCGUAUUCGCUAUCAUUUCCGCACGUCGAUGUAAGCAAUACAACAACUCAAAGAAGGGAUACGCCAGCAUUGAUGACGUCACCACAUCUGAUUACUUUGCUGCUACAGAAGACGUAAACAUCAACAUUCGCGUAAACCCCUUUGACGCAAGUAGAAUGCCCGAGGACGUCUCGCCCACUGACUACACGAUCUGGGACGCAUCGAACCACGUACCUGGGGCAUAUGCCAAGGACACCGAUAAGUGUGUAGAAAUCAAUUCAUCGAUUUCAAAUUGACUGUAAAAUAUCAGGGAUGUAAGAUAUCGUAUCAAGUUUGAAAUUAGUUAAACGAACUAUAUAUGUGAUGAAGUAACUAAAACACCGACCUUUAUUCUGUUGGUAGAUCAUUCGAAAUAUACCGGUAUAUAUUAUAUUAUUUCCCCUCUGAAGUAUGAGUCGUGAAGAGUGAAGCCUGCUAGAACUUUUGAAAAUGUCAUCAUAACACGUCAGUGUCUACUGGUUCUCUAUGUUCAAUCAUAGAGCUAUAAUUAUUUGGUAACAAAAACAGCACUCUGUGAUAUUAUUGACAGAAAACGUUUUACGAACAGUUCUCUCGAACACAGUUGACCUCGUGUGAAAAUUCAGGAUCACGAAUUAUUAAGCACAAUGCAGUAUAUAUAUAUUUUUAAACCUAUGUUACCGACCUACAAUUGGGGAUAUGGCGUAAUAUUCCAGUCAUAUUAAGCAUUGGAACAAAUGUUGCUGGUAUUCAUGUGUAUGCUUCUACAGUUAGGUAAAAUGAGUUGGUUGAGUGACUGGAUAUUAAAGUUUUUAUAUUUUGUUUUACGUAACCACUCAAAAUAACAAAAAGGUAAACCUUAAUAUUAACUUUCUUAUAUUUGUGUGAUUAAUACAAUGUUGUCCGACAAGGAGAGCUUCUCUGGCACAACUCAGAACGAAAAUAUUUUCCCUAUAUCUAUAGCUACUUGCUAGGUAAGGCUCAUAAGUAAUAAUAUACAGACACACAAUAGUUGAUGUUGUUAAGACCCUGGCCCUGACCAAAAUACGAAUGGCUGAUAACUUUAUUUUUUACAAUAACCACAUAUCAGUUUUCAAAUGACGUGUUUUAUGAUGAAACCAUGUUUAAGUUUGUUUAAUAUGUUUGUAAUUCGAAUGUGAUAAUAAAUAAAGUGUGUAUUUUUGAA